AUGUUAAAAAAAUUAUCACAAUAAUUUUAGAAGAUUUCUUUUAAAUCAUUGCUAUUAGGAUAAACUUAAAGAUAUACAACAAGCAAAUUUAAAUAUUAUUUUAGAUCUUCAAAAUUUAUUGUAAAAUAAGAAGAAACAAAUGAUGAACUUAAUAAUAUAAUUACAAAAGAAGAAAUUAUAUCAUUUCUAAAUAACAAUAAAGUCGUAUUUCGAUUAAAGAGAUCAUAUGCUUAAUUAUAAUUUUGUCCUUUUUGCACAAAAAGAAAUUUUGAUGACCUCUCAAAUCAAUAUACAAUGGGUAUCAACUUAAAAAAGUAAAUACUUUAUUAAUUGAUUUAGUGGUAUGUUUAAUUGUUUUAGAUCGAGUUGUUAAUCUAAAGGGUAAUGGAAAGAUUUUAUAUAAUAAAUGAUUCAUCAGAAUCCUAAAACGAUUGUUGAUGGUCCUAUUAAUUAAAUAAAUAAGCAAAAUUUAUAAGAAGAAUAAGGAACUUUUGAUUAAAAAUAUGAGUUAUUCCAAUUUCAUUUACAUUAUUAAAGAAUGAAAUUACAAUAACCAAAGUUUAUUUACGAUUAUUUAGUUGGAGAAGAUUGGGAUAAGGUUUAUGAUCUAUAUUAAUAUUUAGAAUCAAAGAGGAAUUAAAGAAGAAACUUUGAAUAAAUAUUUGGUUGGUAUUGGUUAGGAUGAAGUAUUUGAUGCUUAAUUUAAAAAGAUUAGGAUGGUUCCUUUAAUUUAUUUUCCUAUGUUCAGAUUGCUUUCUUAAGAGGAAUAAAAUUCAAGCAAUUAUUAAAAUCAAUAUAUUCAAUCUAAAUACAAUUCUUAGAUUUUUGAGUUAGUAAGUUGUAAAUUGAGAGGAAUGGGAAAAGAAAAUAAAUAUAUUUAAAAAAUUGAGCCUAAAAAUGCUAUGAAAGGCAUUUUUGGUCUUAAUUUAUUAACUUAAGAUGUCAAAUAAAUUAUUAUAACAGAAGGAGAAUUUGAUUCCAUGGCUGCAUAUUAAAUGACAGGAAUUCCAUCAAUUUCUUUACCAUAUGGAAUAGCUCAUUUCCCAAACUUUCUUUUAGAAUGGUAUAAUCAUUUUAUAUAUAUAUCUAGGAUUAAUUAAUUUAGAGAUUUAAAAAGCAUUUUAAUUUGGGUUGAUGAUGAUGAAUUUGGAAGAAUUAAUUCUCAUAAAAUAGCAAACAAGAUCGGAAAUUGGAGAACUAGAAUAAUACAGCCAUCUUUAAUUAAUAAUCAUUAGUAUCCUAAAGAUGCUAAUGAUUGUUUAAGACAUUAUCCAGAUAAAAUUUAAGAAUAUAUCACUAAAUCAAUUUAAUUUAUGUGAGAAUAGG